AUGAUGCAAGGAAGAAAAAAGAGAAAAAAUGUUUUGCCAAGAAGAAAGACAAAUGAAGACAGGAAUGAUGACUCUGGGGUAGAGAAACUGAAGGAGGCUGAACAGAAAAAAUGUGACAAUGAAAGUGAAGGUUACACCCAGCUGGACUCACAAGGAACUGUUAGAUCAUGUAGCACCAUCACACUACUAAAAGGUCCCCACCGCAACAUUAUUGUUAAUACCGGGAACCCUUGGGAAAGGGACUUACUUCUCAAAGCUUUGAGUGACGAGGGUUUGAAACCUGAAGACAUCCACUAUGUUAUUUGCUUAAAUGGACACAUAGAACAGAUUGGCAACCUCAACCUCUUCUCUGGAGCUGUCCAAUGUGUAGGCUAUGAUAUUUGUCGACAUGAUCAGUACUUACUGCAUGAGUUGAAAGAGGGGAUGCCCUUCAACAUAGAUGAGGAUGUAGAAAUAUGGCCAACACCUGGUCAUACAGGAAAUGAUGUGUCGGUGGUGGUGAAGAAGGCUAAUCUUGGAGUAUUAGCAGGGGUUGGUUAG